CCAACUUUUUCAGGCAGCCGGAAUAUUGUCUUAUCUGGGAUGAGACCACAUAUCGUUUCACAUUUCUUGAUUUGCCUUUGUGUAAUACAUUACUCAGGCGGUCAAAGUGUCACAUGGUAUGAACCUCUACCGGUUGAGACAGUAUCGAGUUCAACCACUGACCUGCCUCCGGCAAAGAUGAAGGUUUUUGAAGGAUAUCCUGCGUCUUUAAGCUGGAACUUCAGUUUGACGUCAUUGACUCUUUUUUUGGGGACUGUAAGGUUCGACACUGUUACCCUUGGACUUGGUGGACCAGGAGGAUCAGGUGCAAAUGUGGACGAUGCUUUCAAGGACAGGUUCAAUUUAACUUGGAUUUCCCAACGGCUCACUUUGGUAAUCUUCAAUGUGACCGCCUCAUAUGAUGCAAGUAAUGGAGCAUUUGAGUGUGAGUUGGGUACUAACAAAGGAUCUUGGAGUCGUCAUAUUCGCUUGAAUAUUAUUGAACGCACUAGAAUUGUUGGCGUGACAACUGACAAAGAUGUUUGUGAGGACACAAAGGUAACUUUGAGUUGCAAUGCAACUGGUAAACCAGAACCAAAUAUUACUUGGACAAGAGUGUGGGGAAAUGGUACUGACAGUGGAGCACUGCAAUCUAAGGAUGGAUAUUUUGUCAUGGAUAAUAUUGGCAGAGGCUUUAAUGGAAUAUACCGCUGUACAGCUUUCAAUGGUGUUGGAGAACCUGUCAAUCAGACUGUGAAAGUGAUUGUAAGAUGCCCACCAAAGAUUACUCACAUUAUGAAUGAUAAGAUAGUCAAUGAGACUGAUAAAGUGACACUAAAUUGUCAAGCGGAUGGUUAUCCUUCGCCUAGAAUCAGAUGGAUUUUCGUUUCAAACAACAGUUUUGUGCCAGGGACGUUUCGCAUCACUGGUAAACAGGAAGAAGGGUUUUACAGAUGCAUUGCAGAUAAUGGUGUCGGAAAUCCAUCUAUAAGAGAAGUCUACAUUACUGUUAAUCACUAUCGCCCAUUGAACACAACGUUAAUAGUGAACACCGGAGACAAUGCUGUCAUUGUGAACCAAACUUUCAACAUCACAUGUAGUGCACAAGCCAACCCUCCAGCUACCUAUGGCAUCUUCAGGGAUGACGGUACUAAUGUUGGUAGUAAUUCAGUUACUUCAAUGUCAGUCACAGAAGUGGGAGGGAAUAAUGCAGUGUCCUUCACGUGUAAAACAUCUAAUGCCUAUGGAGACGGACCGACGGCAAAAAUUACCGUGGAAGUGUAUUCUCCUCCUGUAAUAAAUAGCAAGACAUCAUGCGAAACAUUUGUUGAGAGAGGAAAACCGAAAACUUUGAGAUGCACUCCGACUGGACAUCCCACUCCAAACAUUACUUGGACUAAGUUGGGGAUAACUCAUGAUUCUGAUGGAAUCUCUCUUACGAUCACGCCUGAAGAAAGUGACAGGCACAGUUAUGAAUGCAAGGCUGACAACGGAAUUGGGAUUCCUGCUACGAGGACAUUUGUUGUCGUUGUGGAAAGUGAGUUCUUUAAUUAA